CCAACUUUGAGAGAGAAUUUAAAUAGACUGACCGAGUCUUCCAGUAAUUGGUGUCAAUUCUGAACAGCUAAAGCAACAAUUCACUUGAUAUGGAGACCCAAAGGCGCAAAACAUCAUUCUUUGGUAAAAUCUGGGGAAACAGGAGCUCUCUAGAAAGGAUUUUUAUCGUUUCAAUCGUUGUUUUGUCGGCGUCAACGCUAGGACUUGCCAUUGCGACUGGAAUUCUUGAUGCAAAAGUUCACGAGUUGGAAAACACUACAACCACCUCGUCGCCAGUAAGCUCAACGACAACUAAUCCAACCACAAGCACUACACCGCCAUCCUCAACAACCACAACCACGACCACACCAACCACGACCACGACCACGACCACACCAACCACGACCACGACCACACCAACCACCACCACGACCACACCAACCACCACCACGACCACACCAACCACCACCACGACCACACCAACCACGACCACGACCACACCAACCACCACCACGACCACACCAACCACGACCACGACCACACCAACCACCACCACGACCACACCAACCACCACCACGACCACACCAACCACCACCACGACCACACCAACCACGACCACGACCACGACCACACCAACCACGACCACGACCACACCAACCACGACCACGACCACACCAACCACCACCACGAUUACACCAACCACGACCACGACCACACCAACCACAACCGAACCAACCACGACGGUGCCACAACGACGAUUGCAACAGAUCCGAAUGUCAAAAAUCCUUAAAUGAUAAAAAAUUUUAAAUGAGAUAACUAAGAGUCCUGUUGAGUCUGACGAUAGUAAAUAGUGUUUGUUGAAUAUAUAUUUAUCAAAUACUGCACACAGUUUUGGAGAAUGUUGUAAGAAAAAAAUCUGCCAGAGCUAAAUCUUGCGCAGACAACUUUAUUUAUUUAUUUAUUUAUUGAAUAA